AUGGAUGUUUCUCAGAUUGUGAACCUAGCACACGCCUCUCCAGCUUGGGACGACCAACAAGAACGAACUCUUCGCGGCCCCUUUGACUACCUUGCAUCUAGUCCUGGAAAGAACUUCCGGUCGGAGCUGAUCCAGAUCUUUAACGAAUUUUAUGGGUUGCCAUCAGCUCAGAUUACGAUAAUCUCGAAGUUGGUGGAAAUUUUGCAUACCUCGAGUCUGCUAGUGGACGAUAUCGAGGAUAGUUCGGAAUGGAGAAGAGGAUUAAAAGCAUCACAUCUCGUUUUUGGGAUUCCAAUGACUAUUAACACAGCCAACUACAUGUAUUUUUACGCAAUGGAAUGCUUGCAAGAAUUAGCUCGAGACUCCGAGGCCGGAUUGUUAAAUCAACUUCUUAUAAUCUUUAAUCAGGAAAUGCUAAAUUUGCAUCGUGGCCAAGGUCUCGAUAUUUACUGGAGAGACGAACUUGUGAUUCCAGAUGAAAAACAAUAUCUUAACAUGGUGAUGAACAAGACAGGCGGACUUUUCAGACUCACGGUUCGGCUAAUGGAGGUCUUUUCAACUGACUUUCUAGGAAAUGACUCGUUGGUUCCUCUCUGCAACCUUCUUGGCAUACUAUAUCAAAUAAGGGACGAUUAUUUGAAUCUACAGGAUGCCUCGAUGAUCAAAAAUAAGGGAUUCGCGGAGGACGUUUCAGAGGGCAAGCUUUCUUUCCCUAUAAUUCACGGCAUUAGACACGGGCAAUCUCAAAACAAUACGUUCGUACUAGAUAUACUGAAGACCCGCACGCAGGACGUUGAAUUAAAGCAGAAAGUGGUGGACUAUCUAGACACUAACAGUGGAUCCAUGGAGUACACUCGUCAAAGAAUAAUGAAUCUUGGCGUGCUUCUGCAGAAACAAUUUUUGCCCUCACUUCAAGAACGUGGAUAUGAUACAAAGGCCCUCUCCGCUGCUAUAGCCCAUCUAAGCUCUGUAUGA